AUGGCCAUGUUUGUUCGAGAUUAUCCAAGAGUGAAAGAAUUAUAUACUAAACUGUAUGAAGGAUCAAUUGAGCAAUCUUGGACUAGCAUUUUAGGGAAACGAUUUAGUGAAGAUGAAUUUGAUUGGAUUUAUGAUUUGGAAACUGAACUACCUCUAAAUAUUAAUGGAAUGUAUAAUAUUUUCAAAUCUAUAACUACUAAGCAAACCAAAGAUGAAAUAAUAGAUAUUUGCGAUGAUGAAAUGGUAAAAUCCCCACUCAAUCCUUAUAUUCCACUCAUGAAAGGAGUUCUAUUUAAUAAUUCUGAAUCUAUCAAUCAAGCUCUAGAAAUUUUGAAAAAUUCAAAACAAAUCAACAUAGAUACCCUCCAUAGAAUUCAUCAAUCUAAUUUAUAUAAUAAUGAAACUACUAAGGAACGAAUUAAUGAUCUAAAAUUCACUCCAAUCCUAUUUUGGAAGUGUCACUUUGAAAAUUCUAAUAGUAACGUAUCUGAUUGGAUCCACCAAAUUGAAACUCAUUCAAGAUUUCCUACGCAUUACAAUUUAAUUCAAUUAGGACUAACUUCAUCAUUUAGAAAUGGAAAUUACACUAGAGUACUGGAUUUUAUUCAAUUAAUGAAACAUUACGAAUCUCAAAUACCUACUGAUGAAUUAUUUGAAUCUAUUAUGCUGGGAAUUGAAGCAGCAAGAAAACUAAAUAGAGAAAAUGAGUUAAAAUCAUUCAUUGAAAUGCUCAUAGACAAACAUGGAGACAAUUCACCAUUUCCUUCUCUAUUACAAAAUCUUACAAACAUUGAAAGCAUUUCAUAA